AUGCCUGAACCAAUUGCAAUCAUCGGAACCGUCUGUCGCUUUCCAGGCGGGUGCGAUAGCCCCAGCAAACUCUGGGAGCUGUUGAGAAACCCUAGUGGCAUUUCCAAGAAGGUUCCUCUGGAUCGUUUCAAUGUUGAUCAUUUCUACCACCCCGAGGCAACCCAUCAUGGCACCACAAACGUCACCAAGUCCUACUUUCUUGAGGAGAACAUCGCUCAGUUUGGUGUGCAGUUCUUCAAUAUACAGCCGAUGGAGAGCGAUGCCGUUGAUCCGCAGCAGCGUCUACUUCUAGAGAUUGUGUAUGACUCCCUUUGCACUACGGGUCUGCCCAUGGAGAACCCCCGUGGAUCGUCCACGGCUGUCUAUAUUGGUAUGAUGUGCGAUGACUGGUCCACCAUGGUGGUGAGCGAUGUCGAGACCCUGCCAACCUAUACAGCUACUGGCUUAGCCCGAAGUAUUGUGUCCAACCGGAUUUCGUACGUCUUUGACUGGCAUGGUCCUUCGAUGACAGUUGAUACCGCCUGA